CUUUUUAUUGAGGAAGAAAAGCACUUUUAUUUACUUGGGUAUAUCUCUCUUUUCACAUUUGUCUCUGGCUCUUUUGGGUUUGGGAUAUUUCUUCCAAAAUGAAGACUUUCAAGUUUCAACCAUGGUUCUGCACUAGCGGAUUCAAAGAGUAGGCCGUGUCUCUGUAGUCUCUUUGUUGUAGCUUCCUUGAUUUGUGGUGCUUACUUCAUUAGUAGUGCACUCAACUCAGAGGAGUAUAAAGAAAGAGUAUCAAGAUGCAAGGUGAUUAAUAUAUUGCAGAAUGCAAAAUCAAAUAAAUGCAUGCAACAAUGCAGAGCUCCUGGAAGUGAAGCAUUACCUAAAGCAUUACCUAAAGGAAUUGUUGCAGAAACAUCUAACUUGGAGAUGCGACCUUUAUGGAGUUACCCUGUGGAAAAUGUCAAUUCAAAGAAAUCUAAGAGCUGUUGGAUUUAAGCAAAAAGACAUUGUGGAUCAAAUUGUUAAAAAGCUUCCUUCUAGUGAUUUUGUUGUGACGCUUUUUCAUGACGAUGGUGCUGUGCCUGUGGAUGAAUGGAGUGAUUUGGACUGGAGCAACAAAGCCAUACGUGUGUCUGCAGUAAAUAAAAAAAAAAGAGGUGGUUUGCUGAACGUUUCUUGCAUUCAGACAUUGUUGCUGAAUACAAAAUAGAUAUUCCUUUGGGAUGAGGACCUUGGAGCAGAGCAUUUUAAUCUAAAACGUUAAGGCAUAACCAUGUUCUGCACUGAGGGCUGUCAAUGGGAUUUGAUGUUCCCUAAAGUUAAAGUUUGGGAGAAGAUUGAUACAGUCUCCUUGUGGUUCAUUUUCACUGUUACUUUUCCUUCUGGACAAACUACGGAUUCCAAUCUUGAACGCGAAACAUAUCAUAUCUCUUGCAGAUACUCGGACUAUUGUUGAAGAUGAAGGACUUGAGAUAUCACAACCAGCGCUAGAUCCUAGGCCCUCCCCUGCUACUGGAUUAGAAGGGAUUGCAUUAAUAGAAUCCAGAAAACAUC